UGCAGCGUGCUCAGGAUGACACAGCCCAGUACUGUACUGAGCAUUUUCGCCAUGUUCCUUCACACCACUUUUGGGGAAAGUGGUUGCACCUCAGCAGACGGUGAUGGGACUCUUGGGGAUGAUGAACCAGACAAUUUUGACAUUGAUUGCUUCAGCCAGCUGGAAAUUAAGGACUCCUUGAGCAGCCUGACCUGCAAUUUCACUGAGCUGCCUCCUUACAACACUAACUACACCCUGUCUCUGUGUACCAAAGAAGAUAACAACUACGCCUGCUCCAACAUGAAGAAACAAGAAGAUGUAUACUUCUUACAGUUCAUUGAUAUACUCUCAAACAGAGAUAUUUGCAUGUAUUCUGAGAUGAAGAGAAGGGUCUGCAGGAGUCUGGUUGUAACUGACAUUGUUAAGCCCGAAGUACCUUUCGCCGUAAACAUCACAUAUGAAAAGGAGGCAAAUGAAUAUCUUAUUCGUUAUUGUACACCACACUCAAGGAAGAAAUACUUAAAGGACAAAUUAGUACACCAGGUAGCCUACCGGCAGAAAGAAGGUACUUGGGAGACAAAAGAAUCACCAUAUCUUCAGGUAAAAUUGCUGGGGAAAAACCUUGAAAAUGGAGCAUCGUAUGAGGUGAAAGUACGUUCUCAGCCCAAUGGAGAUUAUUUUAAGGGCACAUGGAGUGAAUGGAGCACUUCCAAGAGCUUCAGGACAGCAAGAGAGCAGCACUCUGCAGAAAGCUAUAACAGUGUGGCCAUGGUUAUACUCUCCAUCCUGGGAUUCAUGCUGUCUGUUGCUGUGAUUGCACUGUUCAUAGUUUUUUGGGAAAACAGGAUCAAACCUGCUGUAUGGCCAAACCUUCCUGACCAUAAAAAAACGCUGGAGCAACUAUGCAAGAAGCCAAAAAACAAUUUUGAUAUAAGCUUUAACCCAGAGAGUUUUGGUUAUGUUCAUAUCCAUAAAGUGGACGGCCUUUGGGCAAAAGCUGAACUGGAAAAUUUUCUGCAGCCAUCAACUGCUCCAAAGACAAGCCUUCCAGAAAAAUUCAGGAGUGGAUCAGACCUGAAGAUGAUCCCUGUGAUGGCAGACAAAAACAACCUCAACCUGCCGGUGUCUGACAAAGGAGUCUGGCCAGCUGAAGCCCUGCACAGGCUCCUGGGCACCAGCCAGUUUGCAGUCACAGAGGGCAGCUGCAGCUCCAGCAUAUAUGAGGUUUGCCACGGCAACAGGGUGCCUCUGCACAACGAUGGUUUCGACCUUUCCUCCACUUGUUCCCUGGAUCCUUCUGGCCAACCCCAUGCAGAGCCUGUAAAUGAUGACACCGUAUCCCAGAUGCUGCCAAACAGUGACAUGAGAUCAACAAACAAUGAGGAAGCCUAUGUCACAAUGUCCAGCUUCUACAAAAUUCAGUAAAUCUCAUAAGAAUUACAGCAUGCAUUGUAUUUUCUCUAACACAAGAAGGGUACUGAAGCUUUCUGGUUUUGUUUUCCUGUAUCCUGGGAAUUCCCACAUCCCUCAUGCCUUCUGCUCAUGGUGCAAUGCUAUACCCACAGGGAAGUGGGUUCUCCCACAUUCCAGUGAGAAGUAUCCUAUCUCAGCAUUCAGUAUGCUGCUAGCAGUCUUCACUGCAGUAGAAACUAAAUUUAAUUAAACCUGAUUUUGAUCUUCAAAUCUGAUUAAUCCAGAGCAGUAACAAUGUAGUCCCAGCUGAGGAUCACAACAUAUCUCAUAGAAAUUAAUGAACUCUUUUGUUACCCUCUUGGUUACAGGAUUAAGCUCUUAUUAAUGCCUUAGCAAGAAAUAUGGCAAUGAAUUCCUUUUAAAUAGAACCCAAUCUUUUUUAAACACUGGUGGGUCAAGACUAAUUCCUCCCCAGUUAGUCAAAAGACGGUAAAAAGACAAAAAGACAGUAAAUUAUAGUUGCUAUCAAGUACUAGGUGCCUGGGGAUUCAGGAACUUGAGCACCACAAGAAGAGUAGGCAGAGUGCCCAGUAAAAAUGUUACAUGGGCCCACCUGUAAUCAGGAGUUGUAUCCUGAGAUGGAUGUAGGUUUUUGUUAGGGUUUUUUGUUUGGUGGGGAUUGGGGUUUUUUUUGAGACACAAAUUAAUACAAAGAAAACCCUAAGUGCCACUACUUUUUGCUAUUGGCAAAGAUCUGCUCUUAGGCCAACUAUGGGAUCCACAGGUACUUCUGCUAAUACUUUUGAGGACUUCAAAAUUUCAUGUACCAACUAUGCAAAGCAAAGUCCUUUCUCUUUGUAGAAGCUGAAUUAGGUCUGUAAAUUGCAUGAUGCUGUCCUUUUCUGCAGCUCUUAUGCAAUUAUUAGUGUAGCAUUCCAGAGUGCUUUCCAUUCCAGAGGCUGGGCUGACCAUGUUUGUUUACUAGCAUUAUUCCAAAUGGCUGUGACUGCACACAAAUACUAUGAAUUUGGACAGGCAGUGUUCCCAUGCAACAUUUGACAUAGGGAAAUGGAUGGAAUGUCAUGGAUCCUGCCGGUGAUCACAAGAUCUAAUUUGUUUCUUUUAAAUAACUUACAAUUUGCAGGAGAUGUUUGUUGGUUUUUUUUUUUGUUUGUUAGUUUUUUGGUUUUUUUGCAUUGUGACUUUUUUUCUUUGUAGUAUUACAUUUAUUACUUUUUUUUACAUUAUGGCUGAGCCACUUCACAGUCCUCCUCAGAUGCUGCACAUUCUGGAGCACACACUUGGAGGUAAAGCUGCUACAGCCACAUGGUUGCAUGACAGCAAAACUGUGUGGCCAUGGGACAUCCAAGCUGCUUUCUUGCACUCUGGAUUUGGGGUUCACCUCAUUGUGCAGUGUCAGUUUCUCUAGCUCUUUGAAAUUCUCCUUUGCCUAGUUAUAUUCACAUCCCCAGAGUCUAAGGGUGAAAAGAGUCCUCUCUUAUCCUCAGAGGAUGAGAUGCUCAGAUUUAAUGGUCACAGAGAUGUUGCAAAACCUCAGCUGCUUCCAUCUGCCUCUGCCAAGGCAUCUUUGCACCAGGAGAGCAGCAGAAUGAAUCAGAUCACUGAAAAUCUCUUGUGGCCUUGUUUCAAGCAUAUAUGAGAGUGGGGCUUGCGUUAUAGUCAGUUGCUUGAAUCAACUGCAAGAGACAGUACAAACCAAACAGCAAUUCUGGACCACAUCAAGCCAAAACCAGCCUUCCCAAGACAGCACUCCACCUCCUCCACCUCCACCCAGUGCCAGGGAAACUUUCGACUUGGGAGAACCUAACAGCUACUGUGUGCAAAGGGGCCUCGGAUUUGGCUCAAGGCAUUCCAAUGACAUUUUACAGAAUGUUUUUUAUUGCUGUUUACUGCCAAAUGAAGCAUUAAUUGAUGCAGAAGAAAAAGACCAAAGCCCUGGGCAUUCAUUUGCUUUAUAGUGCUUGUAUUCCCUUUCAAAAAAGAGCUGCUGAUAAUGCUUAGACUGUGAGAACUUGCACAGUGUGACUGUAGAGACAGGCAGACUAUACUGGAAUGAUACCUUCUUCCAGUGCCACAGUGACAAACAAAAUGGGGAUAGAGGAAGAAGCAAAAGCACGUCAGGAAAAUCUUCUGCAGUAUGUGUUAUGCUUCCUUCAAUUUUUGUAAUUUUGUAUUUCUGUAAUGUGUUUGUUGGAUGUAUGCAGCUAUAACCACUUUCAGCUUUGUUUCAGGAGAAAAAAUAAAGCCAAAUAUGCACCAAAGCCGGAAACACCACAAGCAUUUCCUGUCUAUGACCAAGUUAUAUAUAGUCCAUACAUGAGGAUACAGCCAAGGCGAUGUCUGGGCAAUCUGUCAAAUAGUUUCCUUAUUCUGCAUGACAAUUGCUUCAGAGAUGUCCACAAAUUCCCAUCUACCUCAAUAAUCACAUAGGAGUUUUGGUCAGCUUUCACACACUCCAUGCACUUCCUUUAGUUCAGCACAACUUUCCUUCUCCCCCUGCUGCCUCCAGUACCCUUACUCAGCUGCAUACCCAGACCAGUUUCCUGACACUGGUUUCUCUGCCGCUGCUUUAUGACACAGUGCCUGGAGCUGCCUGCUCCUUUUUGCCAUGUGCCCACUGGGCUCCAGCCCCUUUCCUGCAGUCGUGGUGCCGCACAGAUGCCCUC